GGUCUGGUCGGCUCUCACCUGGGCCGGCCCGCCGCACUUCCUCCCGCCCCGCCGCCCCGCCCCUUCCACAUUCCUGCUGGGCCCAGGCUCCGGUGCUCUCGGUGCUGGAGGCCAGUGCCUGCUGGCCGGGCGCGAUGCAGGCGGCCCAGGAGCCCAGCAAGCAGGUCAAGGUGGUCCUGGUGGGGGAUGGCGGCUGCGGGAAGACCUCACUGCUCACGGUCUUUGCAGAGGGGUACUUCCCCGAGACCUACACCCCCACGGUGUUCGAGCGGCUCUCGGUGAAACUGCAGGUGAAGGGUAAGACCGUGCAACUCCAGAUCUGGGACACAGCAGGCCAAGUGGACUAUGACCGCCUGCGGCCCCUCUUCUACCCGGACGCCGGCGUCCUGCUUCUCUGCUUCGACGUGACCAGCCCCUACAGCUUUGACAACGUCCUCAACCGGCUCACUCAGACUGACAGGGCGCUGCUCUGUAGGCCCUGGCCGGCCCCUCUCCCCAACCAGGCUGAGGACCCCUCGGUGGCCAAGCCUCACCUCCCUCCCUCACCCGCAGUGGUACCCGGAGGUGAGCCACUUCUGCAAGGACGUGCCCAUCAUGCUCGUGGGUUGCAAGACCGACCUGCGUAUGGACAGGUCACAGUUAAACAGGCUUCGGAAGAUGCGGCUGGAGCCAGUGACCUACAGCAGGGUAGGGAGCCAGCCCUGGGAGAGGGCCAGGAGAUGGCGCGCUCCGUGGGGGCCGUGGCCUACCUGGAGUGCUCGGCGCUGCUGCAGGAGAACGUGCAGGCGGUCUUCCAGCAGGCGGCCAAGGUGGCCCUCAGCAGCCGUGGCCAAAACAUCUGGCGCAGAAUCACCAGGAGUUUUUGUGUGAUCACCUGACAGCUGGGGCUGACUGGACUGCACUGCCAACAGACAGCCCCCCCCAGCCCCAAGCCAGGCCCCCCCACAUACACACACACAUAUCCCGGGGUCC